AUGAGCAAAGUUCAAUCAAGAGGUUCUUACGCUCCCAUAGCGUGCACCAAUUGUAAAAGAAAACAUGCAAAGUGCUCUGGAGAAGUUCCUUGCAUGCCGUGUAAAGAAAAGAACCUUAAAUGUUGGUUCAAACCGGGUAAAAAACGAGGUCCCAAAGAAAGGCCAAUUAAUAAAUUUAACGGUGCUCAAUUUACUGAACAAUACAAUAAUAAAAGUGAAUUUUGUGCUACGGAAUGCUCCAUAGAUUUUCUGGCUAAUAAUUUGACUCUAAUACACCCGUACAAUAAUAAUGUUCCUAUAAUGAAUUAUAACACUCACGAUUCAUUUAAUUUCGUUGGAGGACAAUCUUCGCAGGAACUCCAACAACAAAAUGGGAUUCAGGAAAUUAUAUACGGCGUCUUCAUUAUGCCACUUGCCUAUUCUCAAAAUAUCUCACUUAAUGGUGACUACAGUCAUGAAUUCCAUGAAAACAAUUUAACUACUGUAAUAUGUCCUUCUAAUUACAAUUCUGUUUAUCCUUUUGAUCAUCUCAAUUCUUCUAAUUUAUUUAAUAAUCAGUCUACGACAAUAUACAAUUGGCCAUGA